AUGAGUCUGCCCCCUAACGGCAGCAGCAGCAGCAGCACUGGAUUACCUGCGGAAGAAGCAAGUCGUUCGUUCAGCAAACACCAAAAGGUUUGUGGAGUGUGUGGAGAUCGGGCCAAAAGUUAUCAUUUUGGUGGAAUUUCUUGCGAUAGUUGUAAAGCAUUCUUUCGGCGUUCAGUGCAAAACGAAGGCUACAAGAAUUUCCACUGCCCCUACGAAGGAAAAUGUGAUAUCACUAUCAGUUCUCGAAAAUGUUGUCAGUAUUGUCGCUUUCAGAAAUGUUUGGCUAUCGGGAUGGAGAAAGGCUGGGUGAUGACGGAGGAAGAGAGACUGCACCUGUUACGUAGUCGAAUGGAGAAAAGGCAGAGACAGGGUACGACAGAAUCCGAUAAGCCUCGAAGAAAAACGAGUGUUUCCGAUUACGAUCCGGACAUCAACGAAAUGGGAAAAUUCCUAACGGAAAAUGACGUGCAAGACAUUGAAUCGUUAAUCACCAUGUAUGAAGUAAGCUACCAGGCAGUUGGUUUCAGUGAGAAGUUAACCAUCCAAAGUUCCGAGAGAAGUCGUACAGAAAUUAUUGAUAUGUUUUUCACAGUAAUCAAACAAUUCGCUCACUUCGCGCAGAAUCUGGAGGGGUUCUCAGUGAUACCACAUAGUGACCAACAGGUUUUACUUCGUAGCGGAGUCAUGGAGAUGUGCUUCCUGCGUGGCGCUUACGUGUUCGAUGAGAGGAACGGUUGUUGGCCAGAUCGGAGAAAGACCUUGUACAGAGACUCGCCCCCGUUAAGAGCGGAAGAUAUCAAGAAGUUAGUAUCGCCUACUUUGUUUGAAAAGCACAUGAAAUUUGUAAUAGGGAUUAAAGAAUUGGAUCCUGAUGAGCCAACGAUAAUGUUACUUCUUGUAACAAUUCUCCUCUCUCCUGACCGCUCAAACUUGGAAAAUGUGGACUUAGUGACAAAGCAACAAGAGAAAUAUUACAUCCUCUUAAAAAAGUAUAUGCUGUGGCGCUACGGACCUAAUCACACGGCUGCUCUUUAUCCUAAGCUCUUCUUGAAGCUGCCGGACCUGCGCGAGCUGAACGACGCCCACACCGACUACCACUUGAAACUCGACAAGGAUGAAAUGGAAGAAAUCCAGCAACGGCUCUCCAGUCUCAGACUAGACUCCUCCAGCGACUCCAGCUCAGCUCCAGAACUCUACGGAGCAGCAGUGAGACACUGGAGUAUUAGAAGAGAUCUCCUGCUGGACUUGAGGUCUUCUUCACCCCUGGACCUUGAGGAGGAGUCCAGCUCCAGUGAAGGAUCUGACCGUUUUGCCAUGUCCAGGUUAAAACAUGGCGUUGACCGAGCGGUCGAAGAAUCGCAGCCUUAG